UAUAUCUUUCCAUCUUUCGUUCAUCUCUGUCUAGAUCUUAUAGUUAAGAAACCAUGUUGCUUAAGGCUUCUCCCGCGUUUUCUAUCUUGAACUCCGGUGUCGGAGAUCUCUUUCCACCGUCGAACGUUCUGUUUCCUUCCACCGCGUGCCGUGGAUCAAGGUUGUCUGUUCGGGCGGCGAAAGGAACGAGCACAAAGUCGUUAACCGGAGUUGUGUUCGAGCCUUUUGAGGAAGUGAAGAAAGACAUGGAUCUGCUUGUUCCCACCACACCUCUGGCUUCCCUCGCACGCCACAAGUUCUCGGACGAGUCUGAAUCUGCGGUUAACGAACAGAUCAAUGUGGAGUACAAUGUCUCCUACAUCUAUCAUGCCUUGUAUGCCUACUUUGACCGAGAUAAUGUUGGCUUGAAAGGUUUCGCUAAUUUCUUCAAAGAUUCGUCUAUUGAAGAACGGGGUCACGCUGAGAAGUUUAUGGAGUACCAGAACAAGCGUGGUGGGAGAGUGAAGCUGCAGUCUAUUCUGAUGCCAUUCUCUGAGUUUGAUCACGAGGAGAAAGGUGAUGCAUUAUAUGCUAUGGAGCUUGCACUAUCUCUGGAGAAACUUACAAAUGAAAAGCUUCUCAAGUUGCAAAGUGUGGGUGUGAAAAACAACGAUGUUCAGCUGGUUGAUUUUGUCGAAUCUGAGUUUCUAGGAGAGCAGGUCGAAGCUAUCAAGAAAAUCUCAGAGUACGUUGCCCAGCUAAGAAGAAUUGGAAAGGGUCAUGGGGUGUGGCAUUUUGACCAAAUGCUUCUGGAUGAGCAAGUGCUUCUGCAUGCGGGUUAAGGAAGGAGAGUUCCAUGCAGCUCUUGAUGUGUUCUGAUUUGGUGAUAAUGUUUUCCUUGUGCUAUACGGCACUGUUCUAUCUUUUUAUAACGAGGUCUUUAUGGAUAAUACUAGUAGUUUUUCUUUCUUUCUUUCUUUCUUUCUUUCUUUUCUAUGUUUUGUUUAAAAAAACGUGAGUGUUGUUAAAUGUAAGUAGUUGUCUGAGAAUAAAUGCAAGUC